AUUCAACUUCUUGCCUGUUUAAGUGCUAGCAUUGAGACUUCCUUAAUAUACUGAAUUAUACAAAAUAUUAAUGCAGCCCGUUGCCAAUCAAUAUUGCAUCCUAUAAUAAGGCACCCAUUAUCAGCCUCAGUUGACCUGUAUUCAUUCUUUAUAGAGUGGAAUAACCAUAAUUAAUUAACAUUUUAAAUCUUGACUGUAUCUUUGGGGCGUAACACUGAAAAUUUGUAUUGUAUGUAUUUCUGAUUUGAGGAUGAACUAUCCCUUUAACAAAUUUUGGGUUGCCAGGUUGUGAAAAUAUGCUUUUGCUGGUGUUUUAUGCUCUUGUUAUGCAAGUUGGUAAUUUAUGAAUGUUUAAUAAGUUGUUAAUGACUGGGACUUAGUGUGAAUUGUUUGUAGCCCUUUUACAGAAAGGAAAAUUAACUUUUUUUGGUCCAUAUAUCAAAUAUAACAGUCAAGGGGUGAUUUCACAACCUGGCAACCCAGGAGCUUUUAAUGCCAUAUUAGUAGUAGUAAAUUAUUUGUUAACUAUUAAUAAAGCCAUUAGGUAAAACUUUAUCCCAUUUGUACAUAAGGGUGCCUUAUUAACUUCCAGAAAUAUGAACUGCGUAAUCUGUCCAUAAAUUAUUAGAAAUCCGAACGUUUGGAUGGAAAUUUUGACUUAAAUUGUGGGUUUUAGAAAAAAAAAAAUCUCUGCUCUCUACUACUAUAUAAAAAAAAAUCUUUGGGGUCAACCCGGGUCCCACUUGCUGUAAGGUAUGGUGCCACACCUUGUUGCCAUGCCCAGUUGACUCCCGCUAUGUGGCCGUUUGGUCGUGCAGUGCGCGUCUUGGACACGGCGCUGCGCUCUCGGCGCUCCGCCGCGCUGCUGUCUGAAGCUCACACACCCCGCCCUCCUCCUCCCUCCACCUCCAUCUCCACUUCGCCCAAACCGCACGACAGGAGGAGAGAGGACGUCCAUCCGAGUCUUUCAUAGUAACCGAGGCACGCCGCUCACAGCCAGCCUCCUCAGCCAGGGCUCCGGCGUCUCUCCCCGAUCCGUCCCGGAGCUGCGUCCCGCUCCUCCGCCCGCCUGCAGAGCUCCGCGCCGCUCCGCUCCUCUCCGCGCCGGCUCGUUCCGAUCGCUUCCCCCCUGGAGAACAGUUUAUUCCCUGGAAGCUGGAUGAAUAAUUGGAGAGUUGUGAACAAGUGCGAGAAGAAAGCUGAGGCUCGGGACCUGCCUCGCUCCGUCCAGGGAAGACAAGACUCCAGAGUUGUGGACGAUAAUGGAGGGGACGUCCCUGUAUCUUCCCAUUGUUAUUUUACUGAUGCAAUGUUCCCCCUCCGCUCCUGUCACAGUGUCGUCCAACAACCCAAAGGUGGAGGUGCGCGAGUUCUCAGACGCGACGCUGUCCUGCAACUUCCGCACAGAGACGGACCAGAACCCGCGCAUCGAGUGGAAGAAAAGGGGGAAAGAUGUUUCCUUCGUCUACUUUGAUGGACGCUUCAAAGGUUCCUUUGAGGGCCGGGCGACCAUUGCUGGUGCCACGGUAACGCUGCACAGGGUGACCCAGGAGGACGCUGGGGAGUACCGCUGUGAAAUCAGUGCUCCUCUUGACUCCGUCAACCUGGGCGAGACCAACAUCACGUUAAAAGUCCUGGUGCCCCCACACACCCCGUCCUGCGAAAUCCCCAACGCGGCAGUGACGGGCUCAGUGGUGCAGCUGCGCUGUAGGGACCAGCAGAGCAUCCCGCCUGCUACAUACACCUGGUACAAGGACAACCAGCUAAUCAGCCCGCCACGGCACGCCAACGCCACAUAUCUAAUCAACUCACACACGGGAGUACUGGAGUUUAAGGCUGUAGCCAAAGAGGACACGGGUCGAUACAGCUGCCAGGCGUACAAUGGAGUGGGGCCGGCCAAGAAGUGCGAGGGCAAGCACAUGAAGAUAGAGGAUGUGAACGUGGCGGCGGUGGUGGCGGCCGUGGUGGUGAUCUUCCUGGUGGCGGUGGUGUGCGGCUGCGGCGGACUCCUCCUGCACCGCAACGGUUUCUUCAGCCCAGGACACAGAGGAAGGUCCAAUGUCAACUACAUCCCUCCGCCCCAAGAAUCCCAGGAUUUCAAACACACCCAGUCAUUCAUGCUCUGAGAAGCUGGCCUUCCUGUGAGAACACAUCAUCCUGGUGAUAAGGUGCCAAACACUGGAUAUUUUUUCUCUCUCUGGACUCUUGAAUGAGCUCUCGAUCUUCCAACACAUGUCAAUCUUCUUCUUCUACCACUCCGUCUGGAUGGCAGGAACAUUUCUUCUUACUCUCUUGCUUUGCGCUUUGUGAGUCGCCUCAGUCAUCGAUGUUUUCUGCUCUUAUGGGAUUCAGUAGUUUCACGGCGUUCUGCUCCCCCCUGGUGGCCAGAAGUUGAAAUUCCAAUUGAUCUUUUUUUAAAUGAUCCAGGGACUCGUGGAGCUUUCUCCAGACUGUGUUUCCUCCCCCUGCGGGCCAAUCGUUUUCACUACCUUUUGUUUUAUUUUACCAAAGACUGACCGUUUAAUUUAAGGGAUUUAUUUGCUUUAAAAGAUCAAAAUCAUCGCAAGGGAAUUCUGCUUAAAGCCAUAGAGAAAGAAUUGUAUUCAAUCUACUCAAACAUAAAUGCAGUUUACCUCAGCAUCCGCCAAUAGUUUGUCUUCUGUAACACUGGGAUCAGCCCCGAGAUCCUCACGAUCUUAAUAAUGAAGCCAGUCCAGGACGACAGGAAGCAAAUCCAGCCAAUUAUACUGAGACCAACCCCAUUCCAUCCUAAUGUGCCUGCAUGGUCUUUUUAUAUAUAUACAUACACAUAUAUAUUAUAUACCUUGUGCCUUUUUAAUUUGUCUGUCAUAUUUAUCUAUGGAUCACACUUUUUUGUAAAGAACUUGCCUUACUUUUCUCUGUCUUUAUAUUUUUGUGCCACAGUUUGUCAGAGUGUCUGUUUUUAGACAGUGUGUGAAUGGAUUGUUCAGAGUUUUAUUUGAAUGGUGUAUCAGUAAUAAAAGGGUUUUCUAUUCAAA